AUGUGGGCGCGCUUUCACCGCAGAGCAUUUGCGUCGCUGCUAAAACUGCAGCCGCCUCCCCACAGACAGGGCCUGCUGCCACUCCUGGCGCUCGGUGCUGGGACUGGUGUGCUCGUAUUGAAAAGACCUGCCAGCUCACCUUGUGCUGCCGAGCAGCAGAAGGUGGCAUUGAUCACAGGAAGCUCCACCGGCAUUGGCAAGGCAGUGGCCCAGCGCCUUGCUGCCGAAGGCUAUCGGGUGGUGGUGAACAGCCACAGCACGGUGGAAGAAGGGACAGCUUUGGCAGCUACCCUUCCAGGAGGAAUGUAUAUACAGGCAGACUGCAGCAAACGAGAGGGCUGCGAAGGCCUGGUCGAAGAGGUUCUCAAACGAUGCGGACGACUGGAUCUCUUAAUCUGCAAUGCCGGCCUGGGGAAGGUCAUACCGCAUGGGAAUUUGGAGCUAAUCGAUGAUGAGCAGCUGCUCAGUCGAAAGGUCACAUGGGUGCUGGUGACGGCACUGACAGUGUGCCUUUGCUAUGCCCUCGCCCGUCCCGCGAUAUGUUCAGACGUUGACAAGUGCCAGCUGCACCACGACAGUGCUGCAGACUUGAUUCCAUACAGCCGCUACAUUGCAUCAGCUUUGUCUGCGGUCUUGCUGCACGAGCUUGUCUCGGUCAUUCUUACGCAUCGGACGGCCAAGAAAGCGAUUCACCUCAUUCCGAACAUCAGGGAAUCCCUUCUCCCGUCUGCACUUCUCUGCACCACGUUCGCCGUGCUUCUUGCUGAGAACGCCGUGUUUCUGAUAGGGGACACAGCUUGGUUUGCACAUGCAGCUUCAGUUGGCGAUGCCGACUUGGACGGCUUGCCGGUGUACAGCGUCUUCUAUGCUGAGUGGCUGAUCAACGUUCCAAUUCUGCUUAUCCUGGCCGGGACGUGUGCACUUAGCCGUCCAGCACCAGAAGUAUCUGAGCCUCUGGUCAUCACAAACGUCUACAUGAUCCUUGCUUGGAGCGCAAACUUCAUCUCCAGCACCCCUGUCCGAUACUGUGUAGUUUGUGCAUCUUUCCUUAUGUACUUCCGGGCUUCUCGCGACAUGAUUCUAUGGGUUCUACGCUGGAAGAAAGACAACCCCGAAGGUCAUGUCCUCGGACGUCCUCUCUUGGCCAUCUCUCUGAUAGUCGUUUUCGGAGUAUAUGGGAUCGUGUACUUGGGAAGACUACAUGGCAUAGUCCCUUGGAGUGGCGAGCGAAUGUUUUUCCUCGUCAUGAACUUCACAACGAAGCUUUUCGCCUCCAUGGCGCUUGCAGGAAUUCGUUCCAGUGAAUUUCAAGAAGUUUUGUUGGGCAUGCUGGCGAACACACAAACAUCCUUCAAACGGGCCCUCAAUUACGAGGAUGCCUUCGUUCCAUGGUGGCGUCAGGCUGGCCGUCAAGCUGCCUGUUGGCCAAGCAUUCUUCUAGGCCCAGCUUCCAGCGAGGAUGGUAGGCUCCAAGCCUUCCAGCAGGCCGCGGACGCCAAUUCCUUGCAGCUGCAGGUUGAGGUGCAUCGUUUCCUCUUGCUGCCACGGGAGGGGUGCCGCAUGUCACAAGGCAGAGGAAGCCAGGGUUAG